UUCACAGCCCUGACCGCCUUCGACCAUGCUGCUUAAGAUGACAAAGAGCGUUGUGUCGCCUCUUUACUCUCGCCUUGUGCGCGUUUGAUGAUACCACUGACCCAUCACAUUGACCAACUCAUACCACGUCGUAGCUUGCUUGUUUCGUACUGCCCCACCAUCACCCUUCGCCUCCAUCCUCUCCCUCCCGUCCUUCAACUCUCCUCUCAAAGCUUUACUUUUUUCCACUGUUCUUAGCAAGAUGCCUAUUAGAAUCCGGCUACGAGCGCCCAACGGCCAGCACACCCUCUCCCUUGAGGACAACGCUGCCGUCUCCGACCUUCUCUCGUCCAUAUCCACCUCUACGGACUUGCCUCUCUUCGAGCUCAAGUGGGGCUUUCCACCUCAACCUCUCGACCCCGCAUUAUACGGCUUGUCUACACUGUUGAAAGACACCGAUCUCAAGCUUAAUGGCGCGCAAAUAAUCGUCAUCGGACAAGCCACCGGGGACCCGAGUGAAAAGAAGCAGGAGGAGGAACAGUCAAAGUCUGCGCCCCUCUCGCUGCAACGGAAGCAGGCCUCAGCGCUCAAGGACAAGGAUACGCCCGAGAUCCCAGUUCCUGACCGCGGUGGCACUGUUGUCUUGCGUGUCAUGCCAGACGACAACUCCUGCAUGUUCCGAGCUGUAGGCAGUGCUGUUCUUACAGAUACUCUCGACUCCAUGACAGAGCUACGGUCUCUGGUAGCACAAGCUAUUCAACGAGAUCCAGACUUCUACAACGAGGCCGUCCUACAGAAAGCACCCGACGAGUACUGCAAAUGGAUAUCCUACUCCGACUCAUGGGGUGGUGGGAUUGAGUUGAGCAUUCUGUCUCAGGAAUUUGAUAUUGAGAUUGCUAGCGUCAAUGUACAAGAUCUGAGGGUUGAUCGAUUCAACGAGGGCAAAGCGAAGCGCUGUAUCCUCGUCUACUCUGGCAUACACUAUGACACUAUUGCGUUCGUUCCAGCUGGGUCUUCCACGUUCGACCCAGACAACGACGUCAAGCUGUUUGACGCACGAGAUGACGUCAUGCUAGAGGCGGCGAGACAGCUCUGCGGAGAGUUGAAGAAGGCGCACUACUUUACCGACACGCAAAAGUUCGACAUCAAGUGUAACACAUGUGGUUGGAAGGGUGCAGGCGAGCGCGGAGCAGUGAAGCACGCGAACGAAACAGGGCACACCGAUUUCGGUGAAGCUAAUUAGGUGCGCGGUAUUAUUGUAUUCGUUACAUUUCGUUUGGCUGCUUGUUCGAAACAUAUCGGAGCGUGUAGGUUGUAUGCCUGCGUGUUUGAUUUGGCGGGUUUGUAUUCUUGAGACGUAUAUCCAUAGAGGAGCGGACAACAUGAAUAAGUAAUAAUAGAGAGUGUCAAGUCC